UAUUAGAUUUCGGAUUAUCCAAAAACACAAGACCUAUCCAAUCAUUCUUCAUCUUCAUUUUCCAGCAAUGAUUUUCCAACUAUUUCCUUUGCAAUCAAACAAAAUUCUCUCUCUCGUAUAUUCGCAUCGCAGAAAUAUUGAACGCCAAAUGUCAAUUUCAAACCAAACUUAGAUUGGAAAAAGUUAGAAAUCUUUUUUAGUCUCAACUAUCAAAAUUCCCCCAAAUUCGAGGUAUGGCGUUCUCGAUUCACUCGCCGGGAAUUUCAUUGCUCGCCGGAAGUGGAAGGCCUGGGAGAAUCACUCCGGCAACCAGAAGAAGAAACGUCAGGUUUUCCGUCUGUUCGGGCGUUAAGGAUUUGGAGAAGAAGAAGGUUUCGAAAUUGAGGAGAGGCGGCGAUGGAUACGAGGAUAGUCUGUGGUGGUUGUACGGGCAGGUGAAGCAGGAGGAGACGGUGUCGUUUUCCGUGAGCGAGGUUAAGGAUGAGGAAGGGAAGAAGCAGGAUUAUUAUGUGAAUACGGGUUACGCGAUUCGGACUAUCCGAGAGGAGUUUCCGGAGCUUUUCUACCGAGAGCUAAGCUUUGAUAUAUACAGGGAUGACAUCGUCUUCAAGGAUCCCCUCAACACUUUUUAUGGCAUAGAGAAUUACAAGUCGAUCUUCUGGGCUCUAAGAUUUCACGGAAGGAUUUUCUUCAAGGCCCUGUGGGUCGACAUUGUAAGCGUGUGGCAGCCUGUGGAGAACCUGAUAAUGGUCCGUUGGACUGUCCACGGCAUCCCACGUGUCCCAUGGGAGAGUCAUAGCAGAUUCGAUGGUACCUCAGAGUACAAGCUUGAUAAGGACGGGAAGAUCUACGAGCACAAAGUUCACAACAUUGCAUUGAACGGACCUCAGAAGUUUCAAGUAAUAGGUGUGGAGCUGUUGAUUCAAUCAAUAGGUUGCCCCUCCACCCCAAAGCCGACUUAUUUUGAACUUCUAUCUCCUUCAACGACAAAUAUUGUGCCACUGAUGAAAUUAUCUGCUGUUAAAUGCUACUUAGCUUCUGUUCUAACUAGACUUCUGAAGUUCGAGGUCAAGUCAUGAUGCACUACGCGGAAUCCUCUGGUCCGAGCAUUGCCCCCGGGGGCUUGUUUGAGGUGUGUUCUUCAUGAUUUUCGCCUCGUUAAUUUUGAAAUUUGUGGAAUAUGUAUGGUGUUGAUAGUAACUCGAGUUUCUGCAGUGUAAUUGCGUUAUCUGUAUAGCGUCACCAUCGAGUAAAUAUAAUGACUAUUUAGUGUGUGUUUACCGAAGUCUGUACAUAGUAUUCGAGCUUUGAAUAAAUGUAUCUCAAAAGAGUAACUUUUUAUCUUUUUCA